GCCUCUCCUCCAGGACGCCGCUCUAGCUCGCCCUUCUCCCUGGCGCGGUGUCGCCGGGCCGCGGCUGACGUUGGACAACAAAGAUGGCGGCGGCGAGCAGCAACUACUGGGAAGAUCUCCGGAAGCAGGCGAGGCAGCUGGAGAACGAGCUGGACCUGAAGCUGGUCUCCUUCAGCAAGCUCUGCACCAGCUACAGCAGCUCCCGAGACGGAAGGCGCGACAGGUAUAGCUCUGACACAACUCCCCUCUUAAAUGGAUCCAGCCAGGACAGAAUGUUUGAGACCAUGGCUGUGGAGAUUGAGCAACUUCUGGGAAAGCUUACUGGAAUAAAUGACAAAAUGGCAGAAUACACAAAUAGUGCAGGAGUCCCCUCCCUGAACGCUGCCCUCAUGCACACGUUACAGCGUCACAGAGACAUACUGCAGGAUUAUACACACGAAUUCCACAAAACCAAAGCAAACUUCUUGGCAAUACGAGAAAGGGAGAAUCUGUUGGGAUCAGUAAGGAAAGAUAUCGAAUCAUAUAAAAGUGGGUCUGGCGUGAAUAACAGAAGAACAGAACUAUUCCUUAAGGAACACGAGCACCUUCGAAACUCAGAUCGACUGAUAGAAGAAACAAUAAGCAUUGCCAUGGCAACUAAAGAAAAUAUGACUUCGCAGAGAGGGAUGUUGAAGUCAAUACAAAGCAAGAUGAAUACCUUGGCUAAUCGGUUUCCAGCAGUGAACAGCCUGAUUCAAAGGAUCAACCUUCGGAAACGACGGGAUUCCCUCAUCUUGGGUGGCAUUAUUGGCAUCUGUACCAUCCUACUGCUGCUGUAUGCUUUCCAUUGAUGGAUGUUCCUCGAUGGACUUUGCUAAACUCAUCACCACCAACCCUUUCCCCCCCUCAGUCAAUGAAAAGUGAGUGGGGGAAGCGACAGACUUCCAACAGCCUGCUCAUCACGGCUGGGAGCAUCAGCAUGAUGUCUAGAGCUUAUGAUGGUGGACUGUGACACUGGGUUUGGGUUGAAGCUGCGGUGUUCCUCCUUCCCUGCCAUACAUCUUCCUUUGGUUUAAAUUUGGUGGGAUUUGUUUGUCUUUCAUUCCCCUUUUCACUGCAAGGUAAGUAAAUACGGGACGCUUACCAGAACAGGUGGAAAAACUUCUGUGCUCAGCAGUGCUGGGGAGGUCUGUUGUUGGCUUGUAAGUAGAAGAUCAUCAUUAUGCUUGCCUCGGGUGGAAACUCAGCAGGAAACCUGUUUUCCCCCAUAGGCCAAGCACAAUACUGAACACUUUUGCCCUGUGAGAAGAAUAUUGCAGCUUUAAGCCAUCAGGUUGCUUUACUACUAAAUACAUGUUCUGUAAUCCUUUUUUUAACUCAUGGUUGAGAUAGUUAUGUCUGCAUCAUUUGUGCUGUGAAAACUGUGCUUCACACAAAUUCCUCAAAGUAAAGAAACAAACAGAAAGGGUUCUUUAGUUCACUUUUUGCACAGGAUAUGAAUAAAUUACCCUCUGAGGAAGAGUUGUAAGGUUUCUUGUGGCUUUAAAGGGACUAAUGAGUCCCCCUUUGUAAAAAGGGAGCACAGUGUCCUAGCAGCUGUUUACUGUAGUGUUCAGUCAUCUAAGAAGUGACCAAACAUGAGUUCCACCUAAAAAUAGUCUUUUGGGUGUAAAUACUUUGAUUUUGGCUGGCAUCAUAAAGGUCUUUAUAAAGACACGAUAAGCAGUUUGAAAAGUCUAUAUUGUAAUUUAGAUAAAGUUAUUCUAAUAGCAUUAUUAUUUUUACACUGUAAGUAGGAUAUAACCUAAAUGCCAAUUGGAAAUGAGAAUUAUGAUGGUUCUACCUGAGGCAGAUGGGUCUGCGUGUGAAACUUAGGGACAUAACACCUCAUAGUAAAAAUCUGAAUGUAUGAACAGUAAAACAAGUAUUAUUUACCAGUAUCUGGGGAGAGAAAAAGCCUUUUUCCCUCCAGACAUGCACCAUGAAUCCUGUUGUGUUGCCAUCCCUGAACAGAGCUGACGUCAGGAAUGGCUUUGAUAUUGCACAUUCACGAAUUACAGAUUUUCCUGUUCUUUCAACAGCUCUUUUCCAUCUGUCAUAUCAUAACUCAAGAAAUUCAAACCGAGGCACUGAAAUAGCUUUCCAAGAACUUUUAACUCUUUUCACAAUCAAUUUACAGUGCUCCUAACAGAUUUCAUGUAUAUCAUUACCCACAAAUGUCAAAUAGUCUCCGAGUUCUCUUCUGGAACAGAGUCUGGUGGGACAGACACAAUUUUCUACUGCUUUUUAUAGUGUCUGUGCAGUUUCUUUUGGAGGGAGUAAAGGCUCCUGCCUAUGUAGUGUGAAAAACCCACACUGUUGCACCUAAACUGUUUGUGUGCAUUGGAAGGUUUAUUUGCAGACUAAUACUUUGUGCUAAAAAGUCCACAAAGGCUUUCUAAUCGGUCCUCGUUGGGGUUGGAAAGCAUUUGGACUGCUACAUGUAAACCUGUGGGGCUGUAUUUUACAUAAAGGGUGAUGAUCCGGUUGAUUUGGGAAUGCUCCUGGUUUGAAGUGUUCAUGAAAGGGCUUUAUGAAAAACCUGCAUGGAUAAAGGAGGUUUAUUAAUGAAUCUCUGCACUGGGAGAUCAAACCUCUUCUCCCAGUGCUUUCUCUUUGAUUCCUUCACCAUCCUGAGGGACCCUGAUCAGCAGUCGUGCCUCUGUUUAGGAUUUGUGGGAUGUGGUUGCUCUAUAGUUGGCAAUAUAAGAUCUGCAGUACCGUAAAGAAAUUCAUUUAUUUACUCUGAUAACAGCCUUUUUGCUGGACUUCAUUGAUGAUUUGGUGCAUAUAUUUAAUCUUACUGUGUGAAAAAGCUGCUAUGGAGAAAAUGUAGAUUAUAAUAAAUAUGUAAACAACUGAUUUUUCAUGUUAUGAAAAUGUAAUGGAGGAACUGAUAUAUUUUAGUAUAAAAUAACCAAAAUAUACUGCAUUCUCUCUGAUAAAGCUUUACUGGAAAUGG